UUUGUAAAAAAAUUUUCAAAAUGUUUGACCAAUACCGUUUACUGGGUCAUAUAAAUGGAAAGAUUCGUGGUGACUAGUGAAUGGUGACUGAUUUUUUUUUUAUUAUUAUCAAUAAUUUUGUACAAUUGUGUACAUUUUCCUUAUCAAUUUAUCAUAUUACGCAUGCGCUAACCGGUUCAUAAUUUUAUUAUACGUGGAUUACGAUUUACGACCAUCAAAGUACCUAUUUUUUUAAAAAAAAAAAUAAUAAUAAUAAUCAAUUUUGUUCUUAUAUAUUGGUAAAUGAAAUAUUAAAAUGUAUUUACUCCGUACUGUGUAGUAUAAUAUGAAGUCUAUAAUUCUACCUAGGUAAUGGUAAUGUAAACAAAACUUAUUAAGAUUUAGAUUAAUAAUAUUGACUUUUGAUGUGUCCUGUUUGAAUUAGUUUAAAACAACUGAAACAAGCAAUCAGUAUAUAAGUUAAAACUUAUGAAUUUAAAAUUUUCUAUUGACAUUUUAUAAUUAUAUUAUUUUUAUCAUUAGAUUUUAAUUUUAUUUGUGUUAUUUUAUAAUUGUUUUUCAAUUUCAGUAGACAUGACCACUAAUUCUAAUGUGAUGAGUAAAACAAAACAAAGAAAAAACAUGGGUUUAGAAGAUAAACUAGACAAUUUUAGUCCAAAAAGAAAUAAACACGGGUUGCAUGUAUCUAAAAUUUUACCUAGUGUAAUCGGUGAUAGAUUGAACAUAGCUAUUUUAUUAUUUUUAUAUACACUACAAGGCGUACCUCUUGGACUAUCUGCAGCUAUACCAAUAAUAAUGCAGAAAAAGCAUAUCACAUAUAAAGAACAGGUUGAAAAAUUUAUUUAAUUAUCAAUAAUUAAUUACAAUAAAUAAUUUUAUUAUAAUUUGUAGGCCCAAUUUAGUUUUUCUACAUGGCCAUUUAGUUUAAAAUUGUUAUGGGCACCUAUCGUUGAUUCCAUAUUUUGGUCAAAAUUUGGUAGAAGAAAAACUUGGCUGGUUCCUGUACAAUACUUAAUUGGUCAGUAAAAAUAUAUUAGUAUUUUAUUUUUAAUACUAUUUAGUAACCAUAUGGAUGAUAGUGUUUAAUCUACACUUGUCUAUGUUUGGAACAUCAAUAUUAUUUACUUUUAAAAGUGAUUAAGUAAAAUUUGUAUUCAAAACAUAAAAAAUUAAAUAAAUUAUUAAAUGUUGGUUUUGAUGUGAUAAAAAUGUUGCCUCAAAUUAAUUAUUGUUUACAGUGGUAGAGCAGGAAUAUUACAGAUUGAAGACACUUUCAUACAAUUAACAGAUAUUUCAGUCAAAUUUAACUUUCUGGAAAUAAAUAAAAUAAUAACAAUUAUCGUAUAAUAAACAUAGCGUUUUAAUCGGCUGUCCUCGGAGUGCGGAUUCACUCUCUCUGCCGCACUUGGGCUUUAUCUUCACUAUCGGUCUAUCUUGCUCUCUCUAGAUCCGCAUCUCCCAGUACUUGGGACCAAUGUUCCGUUUAGAUGUACGGGUCUACACAACCCUGUCGCACGUUAACAUUGUGCACUGUGCACACAUGGUAAUUUCAUUAUUGUAUUUUUUUUUUUUUUCGACAUAAAAUAACUCGUGGGGCGGUGGUGGUCUUGCUGCCUCUCUGUAUACUCGGUGCCCAUUGUUAAGCCCCUCUCUUAUAUUUCCUUAUUAACUCAAGUUGGGAUAAAUUGUCUAUAAAUAAUACUACUAUAGCCACUGUAAAAUCAUAAUUUAAGGUAGAAUGAAACCCAAUGUCACUCCUACAGUGCCAUUGAUUAAUGAGCCCCUUUAUAAUUAAGUUCAAAUAUGAUAGAUAUGUAAUGAAUUUUUAAAAAAUAGACAAAUAUGUAAUAGUAGUUAUCUUUCUUAGAAUAAUUAUUUUAUUCAUUCUUAUGACUGUUUAAAAAAAAAAAAUUGUUCCAGGUUUUUUUCUAUUGUUUUUGGGAAUGAACAUCAAUAAUUGGCUAGUAUUAACAGAAGAUCCAAACUUAACAUUUUUGACUUUAUUGUUUUUUUGUUUAAACUUCUUAGCAGCUACACAAGAUAUUGCUGUUGAUGGCUGGGCAUUAACUAUGUUAAGAAAGUUAGUAUUUAUUUGUAUAAUUUGAAUGUAUAUUUUUUAAUAAGUAAUUAAUUUUACAGAGAAAAUGUAGGGUAUGCUUCAACAUGUAACAGUGUAGGUCAGACAAUAGGUAUUUUUCUUGGCUAUGUAGUUUUUAUAACAUUAGAAUCUGCUACUUUUUGUAAUAAAUGGCUACGAUUUACAGAAAGUACAGAGGGUAUACUUACAUUACAAGGUAAUCUUUAAAAUAUAUAAUAUAUGACUUAAUUCUUAUAAAUAUUUACUUUUUUUUAUAAUAAUUUUUAAUGUUUAUUUUAAAGGUUUUUUAUACUUCUGGGGUUAUAUAUUUUUGAUUUCUACUACAUUGGUGGCUAUAUUUAAACACGAAAAAGAUCAAUCAGCUCAACCAGAUAAUCUUGAUUUAAAUUUAUAUCAAACAUAUAAACUUCUUGGUGAUAUCAUGAAAUUGCCGUGUGUUAAAAGCUUGUCAAUAAUUUUACUUACUGCUAAGGUAUAUUUAAAACAUAAUGAUAUUUAUAUUUUUAAUAUUAUUAGAUUGGAGAUAAUAACUAUAAUAAUUUGUAUUAACUAGAGUAUUGGAUAAUUUUUCACAUCUUAUUAUACUUAAAAUUUACUGAUUAUACAUUGUAGUAUUAUAAAUUUGAAUUAUAUCUAUCUUCAACCAUUUAAGGUCCAUCAAUGCUCCACACAGCCAACUCUAUUCUUUACUAUUGCCACUUUACAUUUUUGACCGAGUAUUUGAAAUUCAUUUUUACAUCUUUCCAGUGGUCUUUUAUGUUCAAGUUUUCAUUCUAGCGCAACUUUUAUUAUGCUAUUUAAGAUAUUAACCUAUAUGUGCUGUACGUAGAUAUAUAAUGUGUGCUCUAACUAGCUCAUUCUAGGUUACAAUUUAUUCAGUGUAGAUCAAAGUAAAAUGUUUAUUAUAAAAUGUAAUUGAACAUUAGUAUAGCAUAUAACAUUAUGUCUAUAUUUUAAGAAGAAUUUAGAAGUUAAAUUUAAAGUUAAAAUUUAAUUAAACUGUAAUACCUAUUGUGUUUUAGAUAGGAUUCAGUGCAGUUGAUGUCGUUUCUAGUUUAAAAAUUAUUGAUAUGGGUGUACCUAAAGAUGAUAUUGCUAUGAUUGGAAUAUUAUUGAUACCAUUACAAAUAAUCUUACCAAUAUUAAUUGCUAAACAUACUUCUGGACCUAAACCAAUGACUGUAUAUUUAAAAUCGAUACCAUACAGGUAAAUAAUGUUAACACACAAUUAUUUGUUUCUGAAUACCUAUUCAACUCUGAUUAAAUGAGUAAUAUUUUUUUAUUUUUUUUUUUUUCUGAAUAAGUCAAAAUUUUUCUGACAUACAAUUUUAAAUAUAAUGGUACCUGUUUUUGAUGAUAACAAUUAUUACCAGUAUUUAUAUAUUUUUGUUUUUCAUUUAUGAACAUCAUUCUGUUAUAUUAAUAGUACUGUGGUACUAUAGUUAUCUUGAUGUAUUUAUCAACCAAACACAUAUAACUAUCCUUGUUGUCAAAGGUAAAAGGGUAAAAAAGCUAUAGGACAAAAAAUAAGUAAAACAAGUUAUACUUAUAAUUUUUAUUUUAUUCAAUAUUUUUGUGCUAAAACAAUUUAAAACAAUGUAUUGCUAUUAAUUUUACAAUUUUUUAUUAUUACGAAAAUAAAUUACAGUAAAAGGUAAGAAUUUAAAUAGGCGUAUAUUAUAUAAGCAAUAGCUAUCAUAAGAUCAUAUAUAGUUUGUUCAUUUACAUUGCUACAUAUUUUAAAUAAUUUUGCAUGGAUAUUUUUAUGUUAGUAUUAUGUUUUUAGUGAUACUAUGUAUAGUAUUAAGUUAUUUUUGUUUCAUCCAAAGACAACAAGUCAUCAUUUUUUUUAUUAAUGGCAAAACAGAUGAUUGUGGCAAAUUUUUUUUGAAAAAUGGUGGUUCUAUCCUUCUGUUAAGUUGGUGAUUCAAUGUCCAUUAUUAAGGGUGGUUUUUGGAUAUUUCAUUUUAAUGGUGCAUACAGUGAUAGAAUAUUUCGGAGUCUGAUACCGUUAUUUGGUCUAUAUCUUAUACACUUGUAAGUCUCAUGGACAUAAGUGGUAUCAAAAUAGUUUAUUAAAUCUGUUGCAUCCAGUAACAUAAUUGUUCUUAAAAAGUCCAUUCCCUAAAAUACUUUAUUUUCUGGUAGAAAUGCUAAAAUAUCAAGUUUUCUACAAAAUAUACUGAAAUAAUUAUUAUUCCCAUUUAUAUUUGAUAUAGGUGUGUACAAUAGGCAUAUAAUACCUGUAUACUAAUUUGUUUGUUUUUAUUAAUUAUUAUAAUUGUUUGUAUAUGAUGGUAAUACCUACUUAUAAUAAUUGAUACUAUUUAAUUGAUAGAUAUCUAAAUUAAUAGUUUAAUUAGAUUUAGUUAAUAUUGUAAUAGUGAUAUCUUAUAUUCUACCUUUAUCUUUUUAAAUAAUUUUUUUUUUUUUUUUGGUUCUUACCUUGCAAUAACUAUUUGGCGUUAUUCAAUAAAAUAAAUAAUUAAAUAAAUAAUAAUAAUGUAAAAUAAAUAGCAAUGCAUUGUAUUUAAAUUGUUUCCACAAAAAUAUUGUAUAAAAAAGUUACAAAUUAGACGCAACCUGCAUAAUAAGCUAUGUAAGCGUUUGUUAUUUUAGUUUUUUUGUCAUAAGAAAAAACUUGUCAAUUUUUAGAGUAAUAUUUGGUAUAAUUAAUUUACUUUUUUAAUUAACAUUUAAUAAAUAAAAUAUAAUAACUAUUAUAAAAAACAUUUUUUAAUUUAGAUUAGCAAUUGGUAUUCUUAUUGCUUUCAUUGUUUACUUUACACCAUAUUUUAUUGACCAAGAUGGAAAAGUUUCAAUGUUCUAUUAUGUAAUAGUUAUGAGUAUUUUUUUACUGCAUCAGGUACAGAAAGUAUAAUUAAAAAGUAAUUAAAUUAGUCAUAUUAAAAACAACAUAAAUCCUGUAUUUUUUUUAUAACCAUAUUGGCUUUAAUAUUCUUAGAAUCCCUUACAGCCUUAAUGUACACCAUUAUGUAUUAGAAUUAAUUAAUAUUAGUGUUUCUUAACCUUGUUUAGGUUACUGCCCCCUUGAGUAACAAUCAAUUUUUUAACACCCCCCCCCCUAUGUGAGAAUUCUAUAAUUAAGGGUAUUGCAAUCAAUUUUGAUACAUUGUAAGAAGCAAUCAAACCAUCAUCAAAUUGUUUUGAUUAGCCUGCGAAUAAGCCUGAGACCGAUUGUGCAUUCAGAAACUUGUCCCAAAUAUUUGUGAAAAAGGACAAAUCUUUAUUGUAUUUGUCAGGAUGAACUUUUUGGAAAUGCUCCUGCAAACGAGAUGGUUCCAUUGCCUCAUUAGAAAACACUUUUUUACAAAGUAAACAUUUUCUUUUGGUAUCCGGCAUUGUUGAAAAAUUAAUAUUUUACGAAACAGCAAAAGAAUUUAAAAACGCACUUUUUUAACCGACUGAAUAUUUUAAUAACGCAAACCAAAACAACAUGCUCGGGUCAAAUCAAUCAGUGUACUAAAACAAUGGUCAAUAAGAAAGGAUCCGCCGUUUAUUACUCUCAAUAAAAGUAGAUAACAUACUAAACGCAAUAUUAUAUAUUAUUAUUUUAUCUACAGAUAAAAUUGAAUAAUCGUUAUUGACCGUUAAAAGCUGUAUGCUCAAAAUAUUUUUACCUAUAAUAAUAUGGAUAUUAAGUAUGUAUUAUUUUUAGGUCACACCAUAUACAACAUUUUUGCGUGAACACCUAAACCCUACCUCCUAAAACUAGUUCAUCACCCCCCCGACCGCCUAAAACUAAUUCACCGCCCCUCAGUAACCUUUCACCGUCCACUGGGGGGCGAUAUUGCUCCCGUUGAGAACCACCGAUUUAUAUGAUUUACUUUAACAUAAAAUAAUAUAUAAAGUUAGUGCAUCAGAUAUUAUAGAAAUUAUAAAUUUUACUUUGAAUUAUAUUGUUUUAUAAAUGACCAAUUUAAUUAUUUUUAUUAUUUUAUUAACAUAAAACUAUAUUGUAAACAAUUAAAUUAACAAUAUGUUUGGUAUAUUUUUAUCCUUACAGUUGACAGUGUAUUCAAUGUUUGUAGCUGUCAUGGGAUUUUUUGCACGUAUCAGUGAUCCAUUAUUUGGUGGCACUAAUAUGACUUUGUUAAAUACUUUAACCAACUUAGGAACAGCUUGGGCUAAUACUGCUGCUUUGUGGAUGACUGAUUUUUUGACAUAUCAACAAUGUUCAAACAAUCUAAGUAAUACGUGUUCAACUGAAACAGAAAUUAAUGUAAGUAAAAUAUUUUUUUUUACCAUUAGUUUGUUAGGAAACAAUAAAUAAACAACUUUUAAACUUGUUAUUAACAAUAUUAUUAUUUUAAUUUACAUAGUAUAAGACAUAUACGAGGGACAUCUGGAAAGUAAUGUCUGUUUGCUUUUUUAGGUCAGAGAGAAUAAACAGUGUCACAACUGUGUAGUGUUAAAACUGAUCAGACAAUGACAUUUAAAAAUUAAGAUCACCACAACAGCUGCUGCUAUCUCAAUAAUAAACUUUCAAAAUUUAACAAAGCUUUAAAGUUUAAAACAGAUCUUCAUUAAAAAAAAUCAUGAAAACCACAUUUUUGGAUCAUAAGAAAAUCUUUUUUUAUUCAUUUAUUGGUAUCAAUCUUAUCAGUCCCAUCCAGGCGAUUUGAGUAGUUUGAGUUAAAUGUUUUAAAUAUCUUUUAUCAACAUUUUUAUCUUUUUUUUUUCCGUAUCGCUUUCCUGAUUUUUUUUAUAUUUAGAGUUUUGCAUUAAUAUGGUGCGUUAAUUAUGUUUCUCUCUGGUUGUAAAUAAAUAAAAAGAUUCCCUUCUAAUCCCAAAAUAUGAACACCAUAAUUUUUUUUGUAAAGGCCACUGUUUUAAGUUUUGAAAGUUUGUUUUUGUGUUGUUUUUAAAUGCCACUACUCGUCAGCUUUGAUGCUACUGAGUUGUAGUACUUGUCUAUUCUCUUUGUAAGAUCUCGCUCAUUAAUGCAGUGCUUCCAAAUUUAUCACUACUAUUUUCAACUGACCUAAAAUUGCGAACGGACAUUACUUUCCUAAUAAUUAAUAACCCUUGUAUAUAGUGCGUAGUAAAAACAAUUGUAUUAUCAUUAUAUAACAGUAUAUGUUUUAUUUCUGAUAUCAAUAUACCUUUUCUUAAUUUACUGAUACAACGAUAGAUAAAAUAUUGAUUAAUAUUUUCAGAGUAUGUUAGAACACAUGUAGUGUCACAUAGUUUUUCUAGUUUUUGUAUUUAUUAUGUGUAAUUUUUAGGCUUGUCAAAUAUCAGAUGGGAAGUGUGAAAUUACAGUUGAUGGAUUUUAUUUGGAAACUUCCUUGUGUACAGUUUUUGGAAUAUUAUGGUAUAAAUAUUAUUCAAAAAUUAUACUUAACUUACAAUCUAAAGACUUGAGGCAUUGGCAUGUGGAUGCAAAAAAACAAUCCAAGUUAUAAAUUUAAAUUAAAUUGUUGACUAUUAUUUGUUAUAACACAAUUUUACUAAAAGAAAAUCAUAAGAUAUAUUUCUAUUACUGAUUGUUUACAAAAAUGUGUAUUUUUAUUUUAUGUACAUGUGAUGACAGUCUUUAUGGUGAUAAAAUAUUACUAUUUCAUUCCUUUCAUUAAAUUAGUUUUAAUACAGUAGAAACAAUUUAUAACAACAUAGAAAGGUCAAAUUUAUAAUGCUUAUAAUUUUUAAAAUACCAUUUUUUUUUUUUUACAUUCAACUAAUAAUAAACAAAUCAUGAAUGUUUGUUUUUUGUGCAAUAAAUGUUGUUUUAAACUGUCCC